UGUAGUUUGUACUAGGUCCACUACAUUUAUUGAAUCGCAAACUUCAGAAGAAGUUGUGUUGUUCUAGAUUAGAAUAUUAUUUUGAAAGUAUACUUUAUAUAGUACAAAGUUUUUUAAUAUAUAUAAUAAGCGACUUCAAGUUUAGUUGACGUAUAUACAAAACGCAUAAUAUAAAAAAAGGUGAAAAUGGAGGCGUUAGGCGAUAUCCUAUUGCCUUACAAGGAACCUGUCGCGUUAGUGACACGAAUUGUUACAAUGGGUCAGAUGUUCUCUGGCAGCUUCCUGUGUUACGAUAUAUAUAAACAGGGUAACACCAAUGGGAUACCAAUUAUGCCUUUCCUCGGUGGUCUUAUCAUGGGUCUCCUAAACUUGAAGUUCGGUUUUAUCCUCCGCGACGACACAGUGAUUCAAGUUAACUUCUUCGGUUUGACGCUGAGUAUCCUGUACAUUAUGAUAUACUACUUUUACGCCAACAACAAGGGCCAGGUCUGGAUGCAGAUGGGCAUAGCUGGUACGUUCAGUGCUGCUAUGAUCACUUACGCGGAGUUUGAAGAUCCGAAGUUAAUAGAGAACAGAUUUGGAACAGUCAUCACAGUGUUCAUGUUUUAUUUGAUUGCAUCGCCACUGUUAAAUCUGAAACACAUUAUCAGAAACAAGAGUACGGAGGGCAUGCCCUUCCCCAUAAUCUGCUCCGGCACCAUCGUGACCUUCAUGUGGCUGCUCUAUGGAAUCAUUCUAAAGAACAAGUUCCUUGUUCUUCAAAACGUAGUAGCGUUUACUCUGGUCGGAUUCCAGCUGUCACUGUUCGCUAUUUACCCAUCUAAACCAAAGAGCAAGGACAAGACCAAGACGAAAGCGAAGAAGACAAACUAAACUAAAAUAGCUGCGAAAAUAAUCAAAUUAAACAAAUUUAACAUCAAUUUAAAAUCAUACAAAAUCAAUUAGAAAAAGUUUUUUAUAGUUAAAGUUAUAUUUGAUAAAACUGUACGUUAUUACGGUUUAAGAAUUUAUUUCUUAAAAAGAGAGAAAACAAUUCACUUAAAAUAAUAUGAGUAUGACAAAACCACGAUGCGAUAUUACGUGUCGCCUGUGUUAUAGCUAUUAGAUAGCAAUUAAUCUUAUUGUAUUAUUUCGUAAAAAAACUCUACAUUUAGAUAAUCAAUGACAAUCAUGAUAAAUUAUUUCUUAUGUGUGUCAUAUGGUGAUAUCGAUUUCGACAAAAUUGCGAUGAUAAAUCGUCAUUUUUUCAAUUACUGUGAAAUUCUUUCUUGUUAACAAUGUAUAACUGACGCAUAUAGAAAACUUACAACCUAUAAAUUUGUAUAAUGUAUAAAAAGGUCAUAAGCUAUGCAAAUUUUUAUGAACAAAAAUAUAAUUGAUAUAAACAAACAUUCGAUAUUUGAUAAAUAUCUUGUGAAAAUAACGUUGUUAUAUAUUUAAUACUAAAGCUUAAAGCAAAUACAGCUGUUCUCGUUAUACUACCAGUGUAUUUUACUUAUUUAUAAGAAAGAUUAUUUGCUCGAUAAAAUAUUUGAAGACAUAAUGUUUGUUUUUCAUUCCAGUUUUUAUAAUAUUAAUUAUAUAAGUAAGCUCAAAUGAAGUAUUCAUAUAAUUUUAUAUUAUUUUACAAUUAAUAAACAAACUAAAAGUAAUGGUAGUCCCAUGUUGGGCGCCAAAUUAGCUAAAAAUGAAAGAAAUAAAUAGUUGUUUAGUUACAUCUGUUUCGUUCUUUCCAAACGUCAAAUUAAUAUGUAUUAUAUAUGAAAUUAUAUUAUCUAUUUACUUAAAUAUUUGAUGCAUUUAUGUUAAUAAGAUUGCAUUCAAUCAUUUUUCAUUAUAUAUAAUUUUUGAUCAUACAAUGAGUUGCAUUUGUUACGGUACAAAAUGUAAAUAAAUAAACAUUGAGCUAUAUUUUAUGUAUAUUUCCAUUAAACCAAUUACAUAAAUUACAUUUCUUAAAAUAGUUAAUUAUAUAACAUGAUGUUGUAUUUUAAAUAAAUAAUUAUUUUCGAAUGAUAAAUGUAUUUAGAAUGUGACAAUGUUGUAUUUUUUGAAGUUACCAAUUACUUUGUGACUUGUGAUACAUGUGAACAUGUUGUUGUGUAAUUGUGAACUAUUAUUAUAAUUAAAGUGAUUUUUUUACGAG